AUGCUGAAGCAGUCGAAUCCUGGCACAGUAGCUCGAGUGGUUGUGGAUGAGGCCCAAAAGUUUAAAUAUCUGUUUUUUGCUUCGGGAGCUAGCAUAGAAGGGUUUACCGCUAUGAGGAAAGUCCUCAUUGUCGAUGCAACACACCUGAAGAAUGUUUAUGGUGGAGUUCUAUUUGUUGUGACUGCUCGAGAUCCCGAUCAUCACCACUAUCCAAUUGCGUUUGGUAUUGCAGAUGGUGAGAAAGAGCAUAGUUGGGUGUGGUUUAUGGAACAGUUGAAAUCAGUGAUAUCUGAUGUCCCUGGAUUGGUGUUUCUUUCAGAUAGAAACAAAAGCUUGAUCAAGGCAGUAAGUCUAGUGUUCCCUCAGGCCGCUCAUGGUUAUUGUAUAUGGCAUUUGGCUCAGAAUGUUAAAGUACAUGUCCGUAACAACAGAGAAACUUGCACGUUUAAGUUUAUGGACUGCGCACACGCUUAUACAGAGGCUGAGUUCUUGAACCUUUAUAAUGCUUUUCGCAUGAGGUAUCCUAGUGCAGCGGAGUAUCUUGACAAAAGUGUUGAAGAGAGGAAAUGGGCGAAAUGUUACUUUGAAGGAGAUAGGUACAAUGUUGACACCACCAAUUCAGUGGAAUCUUUUAAUGGUGUUAUUAGUGACGCGAGAAAGUUAAACAUACUACCAAUGUGUGAUUUCAUCAUCGGAAAAAUGGCUGAAUGGUUCAACAUACAUAGGAAGGAGGCAGCUGAAAUACCACCCGCACUAAAGCUUGUUCCUAUUGUGGAAGCGGAAAUGUCUAAAAGAUGUGUUGAUGCAGGGUUUCUUUCCGUUGUCGAGUUAAACAGCUUCCAUCUUGAGUACAGUGUCUCAGGAAGUGACGGGAAGCAUUAUACCGUUGAUAUGGCUAUGAUGACUUGUAGCUGUGAGCAAUUUGAUAAAGACAAAUACCCAUGUGUCCAUGCAGUGGCUGCUGCCACAUUCAUGACUGAUAAAGCGGGAAAGGAACUUCAUCUAUCUGAGUAUUGUUUUAAGUACUAUUUAGUGGAGCAAUGGGCUUUGGCUUAUCACAGGACAAUAUAUCCUGUUCCUCAUAUGUCUGAUUGGAUUAUACCUGAAGAAGUUAAAGCAAUGAAAGUGCUUCCUCCAGAUUAUGAAGUAAAAAAAGGAAAACCGCAGCAAACUCGAUUUCCAUCGGCAGGAGAAUCUCGUGGAAGAGGAAAAAUAGGCAAAGGGAGAGCCAGCGGCACAGGUAGAGCCAGCGGCACAUGCACCGCUAACGGCACAGGCAGUACCAGCGGCGCUGGCAGUUCCAGCGGCACAGGCAGAGCGAGAGGAAGAGGUAUGGGAGCGUAUUUUGAAUGUGGAAUUGGUGCAAGUCCAGGUGUUUGA